CCGGGCAAGGGAACGCGACCAAGUGAGAGCGGCGUGCCGACUUCCGCUUUCUCCCCCGAGCUGCGAGCGCCGCACUCAGCCCUCCUGCCCCUCCAGAGGGGAAGAGAAGAUCCGCGACUCCCAGUAAAGCCGCAGCGCAGCGAGCGAGCGUGUACCGAGUGUACGUUAGCGGCGUUGUCGCUCUGCUUCAGACGUGCGUGCGGGCGUUUCUGAUUCGCUGCUAACUAGCUAGCUAGCACUGGAGCCGGCUCAGAGGGGGGACGCCUGACCAGGCAGCGAAAAGCUCGCUCAAGUUCGCUUGGAGAGCGUGAUCCCCCGUGCGCGCUCGACAUGGCAGAGGAAGCUGCCGAGACUCCUCAGCUCGGGAGGCGAGACGAGGAGCAGCACCUCGUCGACACCCCGGACGCCAAGCCGGACCGCACCGGCAGACUCCUUCUGUUCGGCAGCAAGAAGAAUAAGGAUGGCCAAACGCGGGAGCAGGACUACUCUUCUGAAAGCCAUUACAGAAUUGUUUCACCAACAUUCCAGUAUAAGAUGAGCCACCGGCGAGUGGGCAAGUGCAUCAUCAUCAACAACAAAAACUUUGAUGAAAAGACAGGGAUGAAUGUACGCAACGGCACCGAUAGAGACGCAGGCGAGUUGUUCAAGUGCUUCAAGAGCCUGGGCUUCGACGUCUGCAUCUAUAAUGACCAGACAUGUGAGAAAAUGGAGCGUCUUCUGAAGGAGGCCUCGGAGGAAGACCACAGUGACAGCUCGUGUUUUGCCUGUAUCCUGCUGAGCCACGGUGAGGAGGGCAUGAUCUACGGCACAGAUGGAGCCAUGCCCAUCAAGACCAUGACCUCCCUCUUCAGGGGUGACAUGUGCAAGAGCUUGGUUGGCAAGCCCAAACUCUUCUUUAUCCAGGCUUGUCGGGGUUCAGAGUUUGAUGAUGGUAUACAGACAGAUUCAGGACCGCCGAAUGACACCCUUGAGACGGAUGCUAAUCCGAGACACAAGAUUCCCGUAGAGGCAGAUUUCCUUUUUGCCUAUUCAACUGUGCCAGGGUACUACUCAUGGAGGAAUCCCGGCCGCGGCUCCUGGUUCGUCCAGGCACUCUGCAACGUCCUCAACGAGUUUGGAAAGCAGCUGGAGAUCAUGCAGAUCCUCACAAGAGUCAACUACAUGGUGGCCACAAGCUUUGAGUCUUGGUCCGAAGACCCCCGCUUCAGCGAGAAGAAGCAGAUCCCCUGCGUGGUCUCCAUGCUGACGAAAGAACUGUAUUUCAACUGACCAUUGAUCUGACUGACUGCGACGCUGACUGACUGACUGCACAACUGACUGACUAGACCGACCAUUUCAGGUUCCGACUUAAGUAGUCAAAACAUUCAGGGAUGAUCCAGGCCUAGCGCGACACUGCACCUUUUGGGCAUGUAUGCCAUUUUGCACGUCUAACUGGGCCCAAAACAAGCUCUCCGCAAGGAAAAAAUAUUUACAGUGGCACUCCACGUUCAUGUGUUGAUGGUGAUACUUGCCUCUUCUUCAGUUAUUCCUCAGAACAAUGACGUCACAUUUGAUCUGAUCUUUGUCGACAGGCAAUGUGAAAUAUCCAUGUUAUUCUACCAACCCGGAAAACUUGCUGCCUUUUUUUUGUGGGUUUGGGGAAUCAUAUCUGAAUACGUCUGUUUCUAUUUUCCAGCACUGACAGUACAUCUUAAUAGAAAUUGUAACGAGUAGACUCAUUUCUUAAGGGCUAAGCCAGGCUCUUAGUGCAUCCGUGGCAUGGCUAACCACAGUGAUGCUCAUUUUGUUCUCUGAGAGAAAUUCCUCCGGAAACAAAUUCAGAUUAUCUAGUAAAAGAACAUUUGUCUACAAUGUACUUCACCUUAGCUAUUAUGUGACUAAUAUUCAGUCACUUUUAUACUGUAAAACAAAAAUGGAAGCCAGGUGGCAGCACACUGCUAACGUUGUAAGAGCACUGAGAAUGACUGCUGUCCCUAGAAGUCACUAAAUUGAUUUGUGCGACUUAAUUUUGCAAAUAGCCAUUCGUAAUGGCUUUUUUUUUUUUUUUAGAUUCACUAGUCAUAUAAAGCACUUUCCCUAGGAAGACUAGAUGGAGAAUGACCAUAAGCCCUGUUGAAUGCAUUAUAGGAAAUAAAUAAAAGCAGCAAAAUCAAUGUUUAAACAUUGUUUAACUGUCAUUGGUCAAUAAACAGCAGCAACAACAACAAAAAAUAACCAAAAUAUACUGAAGUGAAAUCAACAUCAGAGAUGCUUUGCUUCAAGCAGAAACUGCAGGAGCUACUUAAGAUGUUGUAAGUUCCUCCUCUUGAUGGUGUUCCUUGGUGGCAGGGUGGUCAGAGCAUUCGCAUUGCGGUGAACACUUCUGCAUCUUCAGCAAGUAUCUCAGGGUCACAGGCAUUUCGCCCCUUAGCCUGUACGCCUCGCCUGAGUGGGGCAGCAAAGACCAAAUUAGCCUUCACCUGCAGAAGGGUUCCAACUGCGGGCUCUCAUCAACCACAACCAUUUUGAGCUGGUCUCAGCUGCCAUGGCUAUCUCCCCAGUGGCUUGCCUCGGUUGUCUGGGUUCCAAACCCAUCUUCUGUAGGAAGCAGCGCACUGAUGUUGCUGGGAAACCACAGCUGCCGACUUCGAUGGGAAACAAGGUUGUAUACCAUCCUUUGAUGAGUGCCUCAUCGAUCAAAUCCUGGUACUUGGCUUUCUUCUGUUGCUGAGAGAUUGCUAGUCUGUCCUCCCAGGGCACUGCGAGUUCGGCUACUAAGAUAGUUUUUGUGCUCCUGGAUAGAAGAACCAUGUCUGUUUGGAGUGAGGUUUACUGCCACCUCUUCCGGAAAGACAAGUCUCUUCUUCGGGUCCACUUGCAUCUCCCAGUCGGAAGCCUGGUGCAAAGUGGAGUUCAAGUAUCUCGGGUCUUGUUCACGAGUGAGGGUAGGAUGGAGCGGGAGAUUGACAGGCAGAUAACAGGAGUAGAACCGCUUCUCCUUCGCGUCAAAAGGAGCCAGUUGAGGUGGUUCGGGCAUCUGAUUAGGAUGCCUUCCUUUGGAGGUUUUCCGGGCAUGUCCAACUGGGAGGAGGGGUAGACCCAGAACUCGCUGGAGGGACUGCAUGUCCAAUGUGGCCUGGGAACACCUUGGGAUCCCCCAGAAGGAGCUGGAGGGUGUUGCUGGGGAGAGGGACGUCUGGAGUGCCCUACUUAGCUUGCUGCCACCACGACCCAACCUCGGAGAAGCGGCUGAAGAUGAAUGAAUGAAUGAAUUAUCUUACAUGUCACUAUGCUCAGACCCUAGGUUUAACAUGUCAUUUCUCCUAGCUGGUAAUGUUUUAGUAGCAGCAACCCACCAGUGGGUUAUAUGUAUUGUGAUAGAACUUUAUUAAUGGCUAGGAAGCAAUGAUCACUUGCUGUGUAACAAAUAGUGAAACGAGACUUUGGUCAUCAGCAUAGAGAAUAUUCCACCCAUAUAAAGAGAGUCUUGAAAUUUGCCAGUUCUCUCAAAGUUUUUACAUUAAUCGUGUGCACUGAAGAUUUCAAGGCUGGUACUGGAAACUUGCUUGUCAUUCAAGCUUUAACAAGUGAACUUGUUUGGUGUAUUUUCAUUUCAUAAAAGUAAUGGACUUGUCCUCUUGUUAAUGGUUGGGGUCCAACAUAUCAGUCAUGCUAUUUCCCUUACCAAACAUUAGAUUUAGGCAUUUCCUUAAACGUGCACCAAAGAACUUUACCAAAGAUAGUGAACAUGGCAUGCCUAAACAGAAAUGUGGGGAAUGUCAUUUGAUGGGUAAACUGGAUUGUGGCUCGAGCACAAAAACAGCCACACUGUUUUACUGUAUAUCAGCGUGGUGAACUUAGUCGCAACAUCACUACCGCAAAAGUUACCAGCAAUCUCUUCACAUUACGUAACGCUGUUCUGAAAAGAAAAAAAGUUUUGCCUUGAUAAUCAGAAUGAGUUUUUUUUUUAAGAUGAGAUUUCCAAAAAAAAAAAAAAGUGAAAAAAAAAUCAACCAAACAUUUUUAGGAAAUUAUUUUUAUAUUUGAUUUGUUCCUGUUUUGGCACAGUGUGGACAUUGACUAACAAAUUUGUUUUAAGAAUAUAUUGCCGGUCAGGGGUGCAGCCGGUGAUUCUGGGGCUCCCUGACCAAAUGUGAUGCUGGGCCCCCCCCAACUGUGAGACAUAAAACCCUGUACUCUUUUCCACGAUUCUUAUCUUAGGGCCCUUCUGGCUUUGGGUCCCAUGAGAGCACUCCUCCCCUGACCUACGUACUUCCUGGAGUCACUAUUACCGGAUUUCCAAGUAACCCCAAACUUUUUUUUCCUUCUUUUUUUAUUGAACAAACUGUUUAUCGUCGCUGUGCUAUUUGAGCAGAGAAAAAUCCUAAAAGCUUGGUAUUCAGAUGGUAGACGUUUGUUGCGUGUAACGCCAAAAGCACAGUUUGUUUCUGCAGACACACCUUGUAUUCGUCGCAAAGUCAGAACUUUUCUGUCCGUCAAUAACAGAGGCAGCUAUGACUGGUGGUGAUGAGUCUAAACCAUUCACAAUCCACAUGUCCGACAUGCACGCUCCCCAAUGUUGCCGCAGAGUUUCCACAUUGACCCACGCAAACGGCACGUGUCAGUCAUUUUGGGGGCCAACGUUCGGUGAAAAGCUUGAAGUUCUUUUUUUUGAUAUUUUUUUUUUCAGUCUUUGUAUUUUUUGCAUCAGUCAUAUUUUUUUUUUAAAACCUUUUAUCACUAUUGCACAAUAUUUCUACAUGCCAGGAAAAAGCUUCCAGUAGUCCGGCUUAAGGAAGAGACUUUACCCAUUUUACACACACUUGUACCUGUCCAACACAGACACGCACACUCUUGAAUCCUCUCGACACAUGGAUCAGUGAUCGGUGAUGUGGUGCCCAACCUGUGCUGAAUGAAAGGAGUUUUUUGCUCCACUUGUUUUGGAAUGGAAUUUAACGGUGGGGGUGGGGGGGGUUCUUCUUAGGGGUACAUUUUAAAAUGCUUUACGGUGUUAAAUGCUAUUGUCCUUACAAUUAUAUUUGAAAAGAUUUGGAUAAAUGAAUGGGUGCAAUAAAUAUAAAUUGUAACUUUGCCCCAUUUUUUUUUUUCAAUCUGGGGCAACAAUGUUUAAAAAAAAAAUACUUCAAAUCAGAGGAAUGCUCAUGUAAUUUAUUAUUUUAUUGUAUUA